AUGUCUCGCUGUCCCCCUAUCAAGGCUCAGCCUGGUUCCGCUGAAAGCAAUGAUGCGGCAAUCUUUUCUCCGGUUAUAUCUGCUUUGAAUCUCGAGUCUCUCCCGGCCUUUUGUGCCCGAGUCCGAAAAGCAUCAACAGACUGUGUGGAAAAUCAAGAAGCACUCAUUGAGCCGAUAGAUAUUGAACCUCCACUGUUUGGUUCCUACCAUGCCUUAUUUCCAAUUCGAUUUCAAGAUGGCUUGCGUUGGAUCCUGAAGAUUCCCGCCUGCGGGAUAUCUGAACAUUUCAAUGCGUCCGCCUCAUCAGCGCUUCAAUCUGAAGCGUUGACGAUGAGACUUAUCCGGCGCGAAACCUCAGUCCCGGUUCCUGAAGUCUUCACAUUUGAUGCAACAGUGGGCAACGAACUUGGUGUUCCUUUCAUCCUCAUGAGCUUCAUCCAGGGAACAUCUCUGUAUGAUUGCUGGUUUGACAUGAAACUCUCAAGGGAGGGGCGGAUGUUGCGCCGCACGAGAACUCUCGAGGAUAUUGCUCGAGCGAUGGCGGAACUGAGCUCGUUCUCGUUCCCGACGGGGGGAGCCUUGAUGUUUGAUAUGGACGGGAAACCCACUCCCGGGCCAUCGAGAUUUGUUGAUCAUCAGGCAAUGCUCGAGCGGCUCGGGCAAGGCGAUGACGACGACGACGACGAUGACGACACUGAACCGGCGCUAUAUUUCGAAGCAGGCCCCUUCACAGACCCACAGAAUUUCUAUCUUCUCUCACUUGACCGAGCAAAGGAGCCGGAGAACAAUCUGCACAGGGGGUUGCGGAGAUUUCUUGAGAUUCUUCUACGAUGGAUUCCGGCACCUCCAGACCCAAAGUUCGUUCUUACACAUCCGGACUUGAAUAUGCAGAAUGUUCUUGUAUCUGAGGAUGGGAGCCUGCAGGGCUUGAUUGAUUGGGACGGUGUGGCCGCCGUUCCUCGUUUUCUGGGGAACGAGAAAUACCCGUCCUGGCUCACUCGAGACUGGGACCCAGCGAUGUACGCAUGGAAUGAGGAAAUGGAGCAGGGCAUCGAACAAGAUACCUUAUGGGAGGACUCUCCAGGUACCCUUGCCUUGCACCGCAAAGAGUACAAUGACGCUAUGCAGCGGUAUCUGUCUCUACAAGGGGACUCGGUUGAAUCUUAUAAUACCCCUGCAUCUCAAGGGUCAUCCACGACAGAAAAAUCCCUAUUUGUCGAGAACCUGCUUAUUGCAGCCGAGGACUCUAUAUGCAGGUUUGAUAUUCUUACCAAGUUUGUCGAGAAGAUCGUUGAAUUGGCACAAGCAGACUCUUCGGAUCGUACCAAUAACCAAUAUGGGGACCUGGAGAUAUUCGAUAUAGCUGGCGAUCUAGCAGAGGGUAAAUUGGAACAGGACAUGCUUGCUUUUCUUAGAAAGGGCUUUGAGGCUCUUCUCAACCAAAGAUCUAUGUGA